CAGCCCGAGCUGCUCUCUCCGAGGUGGAGAGAGGCCAUCCCACCGGCUUCCAACUUCAGCCUCACGGCUCCCUAGACGCAGUUUAUUCCCCCUCACUCUUGGAAAAUACGUCACGAAAAGGAAAAAAAAAAAAAAAAAAAGAAGAAGAAGAAGAAGAGAGAGGAAGAUCAAAGCCAGGUAAAAAAAGUGCAUCUCCGAUCACCUGCAGAUUAAAUUAGUAUUGUCCAAGAGGAGGGACAUUUUUAGCCAUGAAUGCCAAAAAGGAUCAAAGAGAAAAGUGUGGAAGCCAAGAUUUACACCCCCUGCAUGCCUUUGUGAUGCUAACUAUGAUUGUGGUGUUACUUCCAGUCAUUGGAACGUCCAAACAAAAUAUUCCAAGACUCAAACUCUCAUACAAGGACUUGCUGCUUUCAAACAGCUGUAUUCCCUUUUUGGGUUCAUCAGAAGGGCUGGAUUUCCAAACCCUGCUGUUAGAUGAGGAGAGGGGCAGGCUGCUGCUUGGAGCAAAGGACCACGUCUUCCUGCUCAGCUUGGUUGACUUAAACAAAAAUUUUAAGAAGAUUUAUUGGCCUGCAGCAAAGGAAAGGGUGGAAUUAUGUAAAUUAGCUGGAAAAGAUCCUCAUACAGAAUGUGCAAAUUUCAUCAGAGUGCUUCAGGCUUAUAACAGAACUCAUGUUUAUGUGUGUGGGACUGGAGCCUUUCACCCAAUAUGUGGAUACAUUGAUCUUGGAACCCACAAAGAGGAAAUCAUGUUCAAACUGGACACACAUAAUUUGGAAUCUGGCAGACUGAAAUGUCCUUUUGAUCCUCAGCAGCCUUUUGCUUCCGUAAUGACAGAUGAAUACCUCUAUGCUGGAACAGCUUCAGAUUUCCUUGGCAAAGACACAGCAUUUACACGUUCCCUUGGUCCUACUCAUGAUCAUCAUUACAUCAGAACUGACAUUUCGGAACACUACUGGCUCCAUGGAGCAAAAUUUGUUGGAACUUUUCCCAUACCGGACACAUACAACCAAGAUGAUGAUAAAAUAUAUUUCUUCUUUCGUGAGUCAUCUCAAGAAGGCAGUACCUCUGAUAAGACUAUAUUAUCUCGAGUUGGAAGAGUUUGUAAGAACGAUGUGGGAGGGCAACGUAGUUUGAUAAACAAAUGGACAACUUUCCUUAAGGCCAGAUUGAUUUGCUCAAUUCCUGGCAAUGAUGGAGCCGACACUCAUUUUGAUGAGCUUCAGGAUAUUUUUUUACUUCCCACAAAAGAUGAAAGAAAUCCUGUAGUAUAUGGAGUCUUUACUACAACCAGCUCCAUCUUCAAGGGUUCUGCCGUUUGUGUCUAUAGCAUGGCUGAUAUCAGAGCAGUUUUCAAUGGCCCAUAUGCUCAUAAAGAAAGUGCAGAUCAUCGGUGGGUCCAGUAUGAUGGAAGAAUUCCUUACCCAAGGCCUGGUACAUGUCCAAGCAGAACAUAUGAUCCAUUGAUUAAGUCAACCAGAGAUUUUCCAGAUGAUGUCAUUAGCUUUAUAAAACGGCAUCCUGUGAUGUAUAAAUCUGUGUACCCUGUGGCUGGUGGACCUACUUUUACUAGAAUUAAUGUGGAUUACAGAUUGACACAAAUUGUGGUGGAUCAUGUUAUCGCAGAAGAUGGCCAAUAUGAUGUAAUGUUUCUAGGAACAGAUGUUGGAACUGUACUAAAAGUUGUCAGCAUUGCAAAGGAGAAGUGGGAUAUGGAAGAGGUAGUGCUGGAGGAGUUGCAAGUAUUCAAGAAUCCAUCAUUAAUCUUGAAUAUGGAGAUAUCUUUGAAGCAACAACAAUUGUACAUUGGUUCCCGAGAUGGAUUGGUUCAGCUCUCUCUGCACAGAUGUGAUACUUAUGGGAAGGCCUGUGCAGACUGUUGCCUUGCCAGAGAUCCCUACUGUGCUUGGGAUGGAAAUGCAUGUUCUCGAUAUGCACCAACUUCCAAAAGGCGAGCUAGGCGGCAAGAUGUAAAAUAUGGGGACCCCAUUACUCAAUGCUGGGACAUAGAAGACAGCAUUAGUCAUGAAACUGCUGAUGAAAAGGUGAUUUUUGGCAUUGAAUUUAAUUCAACCUUUCUGGAAUGUAUUCCUAAAUCCCAGCAAGCAUCUAUUAAGUGGUAUAUCCAGCGAUCUGGAGAAGAGCAUCGAGAGGAGCUGAAACCUGAUGAAAGGGUCAUCAAAACUGAAUAUGGGCUGCUGAUUCGCAGUUUGCAAAAGAAGGACUCUGGGAUGUACUACUGCAAAGCACAGGAGCACACAUUCAUCCACACCAUUGUGAAACUGACUUUGAACGUCAUAGAGAAUGAGCAAAUGGAAAAUACUCAGAAAGUGGAGCUCGAGGAGGGACGGGGCAAGGAUCUGCUAGCUGAGUCCCGGCUGAGGUAUAAAGACUACAUGCAAAUCCUCAGUAGCCCCAACUUCAGCCUGGACCAGUACUGCGAACAGAUGUGGCACCGGGAAAAACGGAGGCAGAGAAACAAAGGGGGCGCUAAAUGGAAGCACGUGCAGGAGAUGAAAAAAAAACGAAAUCGGAGGCAUCACAAGGACCAUGAGCAGCUUCCCAGAGCUGUGGCCACGUAGUCCUCUUAGCUGCAAAAGCAGUGACACUCUUACCUACAAAAGAAAAAUGCUGUGUUCUAUCUUUAAGACUUGUGCAUAGCCUCUAUUCAAGGAGAUUUGCUAAUGCACAAUAACAGUAAUCUGGAUGAGGCUGUAAUGGGAAAUACAGGUGCCUAGGGGGAAUUUAAUAAUUUAAAACCAUUUUGUUCUGAACUGACAUGAUAAAUUCAAGAGUCCAGAAUCCCUGAUGAAUUUGGGAAUUUCUUUUUCUAAUAUUUUUCCUAGUUUUUUUUUUUAAUUUAAUUAGGUCAUAAAGAUAAAUGAGCUAAGUCCAGUUGAAUCAUUAUCAUAUUUAUAGUGGUUCAUUUUCCUUGGGUAUCCUUUAAAUAUGUCGGUUUACUGUGCAUUAGCGCAUGUUGCUGUGAACAAUUCAUUCUACUCUUCAGCUAACUGUGUCAUGGUGGUGAGUAGAAUAAUUGCACAGCACACAACAAUUCACAUUACCAGUAAGAUCUUCCCAGUGAGUCAGGCACUGCUGGAGCAUAUGUUCGGGAUUUAGGGAGGUGCAUUAAUUCUUCCAGGCCACUAAGGGUCCAUUUAGUGCAGUGGAGCUCUGAUUUACUAAAGGGUAUAAAUAUACCUCCCAGGAUUCCUAGCUCUUAACAGGGAAGAGCCAGGAAGAUAUGCGAUUUUAGAACAUAUGUUCAUGUAUAUAGGAACAGAAUAGUUGAGGAACUGUCAGAACAUAAGGUGCUAGCUAUUUAAUAAAAUAAGAGAAUGAAUGUGAAAUAUCAGACAAAAGAAAAACAUUAAAUUAUCUCCAAUGUUCUAAUGUGUAGGUAUACAAAUGGGAUUUGCAAGCCGACAGAGAAAAAUACAACCAAAAUUUUUUGGCUUCAGGGGAUAUCCAUUUCCCCACUUUAAAAAAAAAAAAGAACAAUCACAAAUUAAAUGGGAGAAAUGUAAUGGAACUUUAUUCACUAGGGCAUGAGUAGUUGCCAAUUUGCAAUCCAUCUGCUAAAAUGAAAUGUAACGUAAAACAAACUGCCAGCAUGAUACUGAAGAGUACAUCUUCUAGUUGAUUAUGGAAAGGAUGAACACAAAUUUUAUUAACAAACAAUGGGAUUCCAGUGUAUGCUUUCCUCUGUUCCUCUAAAAAUUUACCAUACUCUGCUCAUUAUUUCAACUUAUUGCAAUAGUUCUUCCUUUUUUCCCUUUUUUAGGUUAGGUUAUAUUUAAAAGUAGGCAAAUAGGAAGAGUUCCAAAGAUGAUAAUAGAGGGUUAGCUAAAUAUUUGGUGGUUGGCAGAACCAGUGCACAAAAUAAUAACAAACGGAAAGGGUUAAAGUAACUCUUUGACAUUUUUUUCUUUUACAGCAGCCUUUUGUAUCUAGAAUUAUGUAUUGUAAUUCAAGCAGAAUUAUCCUGAUUCUUUCUUUAAUAUAAAUAAAAUGUCUGUGUGUAGAUACGUAAAAUUAUAAGUUUGUGAUGAGCAGGUUUUAAUGUUUUCAAUAGCAUUCUUUAAAAUUCUUCUUUUUUGCUUUCCUUUUUGAAUAUGCAUAUAUGCACAUGUCUUUUUGUAGAAGACAUACCUUUUCUUCUUCUAAUUCACAACCACCCUUAGCCAGCCUGUCUCUGUUUUGCCUUUUCACGCCUUUUUGGGUGUGAAAUGAAAAAUUAGCCACUUCCUUCCAUGGAAGAAGGCUUUGAAUGAGUACACAAAUGACAGACUUUGCUUCUUUCUCAUGCAUUUGACACAUCUUGAGAGGAAACCUGUGGGAAAGCUAUAUGAUUGAAGGAUAUCUCAUGAGGACUUGAACCUAGAGUCUAUAAUUUUGGCUCUAUGCUCAGGAAAUUUCCUCUAUCCCAUCCUCAUUUCUCUCCUUGAUUACCUAUCUCAUAUUUACCAUGCCUUUGUAUGAGAUCACAUAUUGUAUUUCCAUACAUAUGCUCACAUAUUUGUGGAUGUGUUCAAUGCAGCCUAAAUUUUUUUUUUAGCAAAGCUCAGAAAUAGAAGAAAACCAAAAUCAAUUAUCCUUUAUAGUUACAAAAAGAAUGAAGGCAGUCACUUCUAAGAAUUGCUGUUAAUAAAUUUCAUAACAAGUUUUUUGUAAUUGAUAAAUUUCUGGGUUGAAGUUUUCAUGAGUCACUUCUAGGCCAAGAGCAAAAAUGAUAACAAAUUUAAUUUUUUUUGGAUAUUCCAACAUAGUUUAUUGACAGCAACAGUUAAAAUUGUAGAAGGCUGUGAGAAAUAUAUCUUUAAAUGUUAAGGUUAAAUAAAUCCAAUUAGUAGUUAAAAACAAUUAAUUUGGCUUAAUUCAGAAAGAAAAGCUACUGAAUCUUUCUUUAGUUAUGGUUAAAUGCUCCUGAGGGUAUUUUCUCAAGAUGGCGAGAAUGAGAAAUGGUACAUAAGGAUAUAAAGAAUAAAAAGGUUUCAAAUGUGUUUAUUUUUGGUGGCUAGUCAAAAUACACUGGAAGUGUGAUUAGUAAAAUAUAAAUGCCACAUAAUAUAUAACCAUUAACUCAUUGUUUGUAGAAACUUUCAGGCUAUUGAGAUGCUCUAUCAAAGAAUACUGAAUUUAGCCAACACUAGUUGGGUUCAACCAUGAUAACAUGUAUAUAUGUAAUAUAUUUAUGUGUGCAUAUAGACAGAUAGAUAUGAUUAAAUGUCCUUACCCUUUAAUUAUCUAAAAAAAGUAUAGAUGAUUCAUUUUCAUACAUAGAAUUUAUGGCAACCAACAUCCUUUACCACCAAACUUUUCCUUAGAGCUGCUAUCAAACAGCUUGACUGAUCAAUCUACAUUUUUACCUCUUUCCCCUUCUUUUAAAAUGUUAGUUCCUGUUAAGCAAAGGAAUAGACAAAUAUGAACAGGAAAGGGAAGAAGAAGAAGCAAUAUCACAAACCUCCGCAAUUAAUUGACUGAAAAUAAUGUGGUUUUGAUAUGCCAAUAAAAUACUCCCAUGUUGCUCUGAAGUACCUGGGAGCUGACGAUGGGUUUUCAAAGAGAGUAUCUAUGCAUUCUUGAAGGUUGGACCAACUUGGAAAAAACUUUUGAGUACAAGCCUGGCUGAUGAUAAGUUUUAUAUCUGUUGUCUGAGAAAACCACUUGGCUAAGUUCGGAGAUGAUUAUCAUCAGAGGGUUAGCCACAAGGUGUGAGAGGGAAGACCAUAGCAAGUCAUUAGACAGUAAACUAAGACAAGGAGACAUUGUAAUCUGCAUGUGGCAAGGAGCAUUUCCACCUUUGAAAUUAUGGAGUCUUGAAGUAAAUAUAGAUUUGCAAUUUGAAACUAUAAGAAAGAGUGUUGCUCUAGAGUCUAGAUUAUAAGCUACUUUUUUUUCUGAGCACCAUAACAUUUAUUUUGUAUUUUCCAUAAGUAAUAAGGCGCAUUUCUAGUCACAGUCAGUAGUUAAUCAGCAAACACCUACUGAAGACUGUACAUUUCUUUAGUCUCUUCACAAUUCUCUCACAAAGUCGGAAAAAAUAAUCUAUUGGUUUAUUUAUAUUUUAAAAACUAUCCUGGCUUUGUUAUUUCCUACCUAUGUUGCUGUGGGCAAUUUCAUCUUUGAGCUUUCAUUUCUUCAUUUAUAAAAUGGACUAGGUGACCUUUAAGGUCCCUAUCAGCUCUGUACCUAUUAUCCCAUCAUCCCAGUUCAACUGAAUCUGUUAACCAGAUUUAUUGUAUCAAGAUGCUUAAUUGCACACAGACUUAAAGCAAUUAAUUCUAACACCUACUUUCUCUGUAAAAUUUCAUAUUCAAAUCUUCCCAAAUAUAAAAAGAGAAAAAAGAUAUCAUAGUCUAUAAAUCUGGUUAUUUUAUAAUGGUAAUUUGCAUUUAUAUAGUGCUUGAAGAUUUAGAAAGCACAUGCUUCACAUGAAGGUCUUAGGAGAGGAUGAAUUGUUCAUCCCAUUUUACAGAUGAGGAAAUAGAGUCUCAGAAAGGUCUAAGAAGGAACCAACUCGAGUUUUAAGUCUAGGUCUCCUGAUUCCAAGUCCAGUGUCCUUUCUGCCUUACUAUGCCAAGCUUCCUUUUCUAGUAAGCAUUCAUUGUCACAGAAUAACAUGUGACCUUAGAGGAUAUAACUUAUCCUCCAUUCUAGAGAUUCUCAAACUUGUUGGUCUCAAGAACUCUUUCCACUCUUAAAAUUAUUAAGGACCCUCCCAAAGAACUUUGGUUUAUGUCAGUUAUAUCUAUUGAUAUUUACCAUAUUAGAAAUUGAAAUAUCUUAGUAUUAUUAUAAAAAGUUUUGACUUCCUGGACCUUGUUGAAAUGGGGGGAGGGAGGGGUAGGGAGAGGUCUCUAGGCCAUACUUUGAGAACUCCUACUCUAUACCAUUAUUUUCCAAAGCAUUGUCCUAGACCCUAGAAGGACAUUUAAUCAAAGUUAAAGAAAAUCAAUUUCAAUAUGCUAAAUGACACUGGAUGCCAAUGACAGCGAGCUGGGCCCUAAGAAUCAUUCAAUCCCAGUUCUAUUAUAUGUAACCAUUUUACUAUUUUAGGUUAAUAAGCUAAGGGCCUAAUUGUGUUGUAAACAUUCAUUAUUUCAUUAACAGGAGUAAACAACCAUACUAGAAUCUUAAUCCCAUAUGGUGCUAUGCUGGCAAUAAAACAAGCUUGGGUUUGUUCAGGGCUCCUAUCCAAUGUACUAUAUUUAUGUCCAUACUACACCUCACAGCAUCAUCAUCAACAUACUGUAUUUCAAAUAUUGAGUAUGUACCCUCACACAGACCCUGAAGAUAGUUUUGAUAUCCAAGAUUGGGACUGUUAGUGUUUUUCUAUGAAGAUUACAUGUAUGUUUAGCAUUUAGGACAAUGUAUAUCUCUAAUAGAACCUGAUGAAAAUAGAUAUUUCGGACCCAAAUGACUAUUUAGUAAAAUGACACGAAGCAUAACUGAUACUUAAUGUGUUAUGAAACAAAACUGAUGCUUUUUGUAAAUUGAGAAAUCUGUAAAAGCCCUAAGACAUGUGAUAUUUCAAAUAAGCAAUCAUCUAUUGUCAGUUAUCUUCAGUAAAUAUUUAAUAAUCACAAAAUAUAACAUAAAAUCUAUGUUGUAAGUUGUUUUAGGUCAUACUAUAUUGGCAAAAGUAAGUAAGUUAUUGAAGGUGAAAUGCAUAUUGGUGAUGAAAUUUCAAAAUUACAAUGCUGUUUGCUCUUAUUUUUGUGUAAUCUUGCAGUUAGUACAAUUUUAAAUGAGCCCUUAUAUUUUUUGCUUCAUGAAUUUAACACGUUCCAGGUAACUUUUAUAACAUUUGAGGGCCAUUAUUUAAUACUUUCAAAAAUGCAUAUCAGCGAAUUCAUUUCUCUUUUCUGAGACUGGGGUCAAGCAAGCAUAUCUAGAUUCAUUGUUGGAGUUUCAUAUUCUUCUCCUUUGUACUUUACUGCUUUUGCAUUUUCUUGCUGCUCUUAUUCACAUAACUUAUGCUGCUAAAUGGCAUCCUGCCUGAGACUUUUUCGGAUCAGUGUGCAUUCAAUUUAGGGAAUUUUAUAAAGACAGUUUGCUUAGGAGAGAUACUUUGUUGGAAUUUGAAUUUAUGUGGUACCUUAGUUCUGAGAAACCCAAAGCACAAUGCUUAACACAAUUUUAAAACAUUCCUGAUAAGCAGCCACAAUUUUCUUUAAGAUGGGUAAACCGUGACCCAAAGAUUGAGGGAUCUGCUAAGGUUACAUCAUUUGUCCCAGAGUCAGGAUUUCUGACUGUUUGCUAAGUAAUACAGGCUAUAAGAACCUGCCUCAUAAGUCUCUCCUAGAGCCCUUAGAAGUAUGUCCCAUAAGGCAUACAGGCUUAAUAUUUAGUAAGUUAUUAGGGACCCAAUUUUAAAGAUUAUUUAACAUUUUGCAAGUGUCCUUUUAUCCAUCAUCAAAAAUAAACUAUUCAACACCUAUUAAUGCCAUUUGACUCAUCAAAAUAACACAUUAAUAAAACAUUUUGAUGUUUAUAAAGUAUAAAUGAAAUUGAAGUAUAAUCAUUAUACUCUGGAUUUCUAAUGCUUCAAUAAUAUUUGAAUUAAUCACUACAAAGUCACAUUUAUGCUUAAAUAACACUCUACAAUUCAACUGUUCAGUUUUCAUAGGGAAAGAUGGUUCCCCCUGCUUCCAGUAAAUUACUAAAGCACAUAUAUGCUGUGUGUGUUUUGGUAUUGUGCAUUUCUAUCUUUGUCCUCCUUGGAAUAUAUGCCUGGUAAUGGGUCUUCCGGGUCAAAAGUCAUUUAGAUACUUUUUUUUAGCAUGGUCACAAGAUAUAUUUUGAUGGAGAGAAAGAAGAUGUUUUAAAAGUUUCUCUGGUUCCACUUAGUAACAAAUCACAGACAAAAAAGAAAGCCGGAAAAUAAAAAGGAAUACCUCACAUAUGAUGUUUUUUGUAGGAAUAAGUAUUUAUAGAACAAUUUGAGGUAAAUAUUUGGUGGGGGAGGGACUAGAAUCUGUAAGUUAUCAUAAGUAAUCAAGUAACAUAAUUCCUGCAUUUUAAGUGGUUUACAAUCUGUUUUGUACUUACUUUUGCUAACAAAGUGAAGAUCUUGUAGUCUUAAAAAGAAUCACAACUGUUAGAUGUCAAUUUUGGCUGUAUUAUAAUAAAAGGCAAAUAUUGAAAUAGAGUUCUAAGAUUACAAAAAAAGUUUGUUGGUAUUUUUAUAUGUUUCACUUUCAAAACCCAAAUGCUGUAUGGGAGAGUUUUGAAUCAAAUGCCUAGGAACAAUAUUCCAGAUUUCUGUAUUAAGGUCCAAUUGUUAAAAGAUAUGUUACCUGAAAAAAGUUAUGAUAUAUAAUGGAG